UCACGUACACCCAAACACAACAACACCAACAUACCCAAACUCUCUUUCUCUCUAUAUAAACCCUUCUCUCUCACACAAAUUAUACAACACACAUAAACAGCGUUUUAAAGAGAAACCAAAACAAAGCUUUAAAGAUACAUUAAGGAGCAAGAGAAAUCAUCCAAAAUAUCAAAACUGAAGCCAAAGAGGGAAGACAGAAGUGAGAAAGCAAUGGAUGCAAUGUUAAAGGUUUCUCUUAGAUUGUCGUUGUUAGGGUUUCUGGUGAUCGCCGUCGUGACUCCAUCGGCGAACGCUUCAAGGAAGUCUGUCGUCCUCGGAGGGAAGUCAGAUGUUGCCAACGUUCGAACCAACAUGGAAAUUCAAGAACUUGGAAGGUAUUGCGUGGAGCAAUUCAAUCUACAGGAACAGAGCGAGCAAGGAAACGUAGCAUCAAUUGCGAAAACGGACACGGCCACGUUGAAUCCGUUGAUGUUUAGCCGAGUUGUGUCGGCUCAGAAACAGGUCGUGGCUGGUACCAAAUUCUAUCUAAGGAUUGAAGUGACUCAACCCGAUGGCUCGAGCAGGAUGUUUGACUCCGUUGUGGUUAUUCAACCAUGGCUCCAUUCUAAGAAGUUGCUCGGUUUCACUCCUGUCGCUAGUCCUAUCUACUAACCUUAUUUUCUUAUUCGACAAACAAAUUUCCAUAAUGUGAUCGAAAAAGACCAAAAAGAACGAUAUGAAGCUAUUAACAAUGGGUUAAUAGUUGGUUGUAAUGAUGUUUAUGUUGUUCAUAAAUAAAGAACGAAAGAUGUUAUGAA